AUGCCAAGUCUCGAUGUCAGCGAGCUCAAUAUUGCCUUGAGCAUUCUAGGCAGUUUCAUCAUUUUGUACGGUGUUGUAUCGGUUAAGAUCAAGAGGGUUUGGUACCUAGGCGAGGCCCUCCCAGCUGUAGUGGUCGGCAUACUUCUCGGACCGGUAGCUGCGAAGUUUAUCGAUAGUGAGCGAUGGGGCUCUGCUGAACGCGGCCAGACAAAUAUCAUCACCCUCGGUGUUAUGAGGGUUAUGAUCGGCGUUCAGCUAGUCAUCGCGGGCUUCCAGUUGCCAGCAAAAUACCAAUUCAUUCGGUGGAAGGAGAUGUUGCUAUGUUUGCUCCCUAUUAUGACCGUUAUGUGGUUAUGCACUACCGUCUGCAUGCUCAUUACUAUACCCAACCUGACGCUGCUUGCAGCACUUGUCAUCGGGUCCUGUGUCACUUGCACAGAUCCAAUCCUUUCUCAGGCCAUCGCUAAAGGACCGUUCGCAGACAAAUUUGUCGCUCGAGAUCUCCGCGAAAUUAUCUCUUCUGAGGCUGGAGCAAACGACGGGUUCGGUUUCCCUUUCCUUAUGCUUGCGACCUACCUCAUCCGACAUGCCGAUGUUCCCCACGCCCUUACAAAUCUAGGAAGAACCUCAGAGACCGUGAAUCCCGCCAACCCAAACGCAACGGUGGCUAAGAUUGGGAGUCAAGUUUUUGGCAGAGCUCUUAGUCUCGCCAGUCGAUCCGAAGGUGUUGGACGCCUUGGAGGCGGGGUUGGGGAAGCGAUGAAGCAAUGGCUCCUCGAGACCUGGCUUUAUAUUGUCCUACUCUCCAUUGUUUAUGGGGUCGUCGUCGGUCUUUUCCUUAUCGGCACAUGCGGCGCCAUCGGUACGGACGAUCUCCUUGCUUGCUUCGUCGCCGGCAACGUCCUUAAUUGGGAUGGCCAGUACCUCGAAGAAACUGAAAAGCGUCACGACGAAGUCAAUUCGUGCGUCGAUGUCCUUCUGAACUUCGGCGGCUUCAUGUACAUUGGUGCCAUCAUGCCUUGGGACGAGUUCAACCAGCCCGAUGUUACUGGGAUUACGUAUCCCCGACUACUCGGCCUUGGCGUUCUCGUCAUGCUCUUUCGUCGGAUACCUGCCAUAUUCCUCACAUAUAAGCUCAUGCCCGGAGUUUGCAAAAAUUGGAAAGAGGCCCUUUUCAUGGGGUACUUUGGCCCUAUUGGUGCCGGCGCCGUUUUCUACCUGGAGCAUACAAGAAUUCAUCUCUUCCCAGAACUCGGUGCCGGAGAUGGAGAAGAGAGUGCGCUCAUCCGAGCAAUUGGUCCGGUCGUUAUGUGGCUCGUCCUAUUCUCAAUCAUCGUACACGGAUUAUCGAUUCCGGCCCUGGAUAUCAUAUACAAGUAUAUGGGUAUCAAGCCGAUACAGGAUGAUGCAGUUGAGACCCGCCGCCUGUCGAUACAUAUGGUUGGUCCCGCGAAUGCGAUGGCAGCUGACCAGGACUCAUUCAUCGCGUAUAACCGCUUCUCCCGACCUACCUUCAACAAAACAGAGUUGCCAUUUGUGAAGGAGAACGACGACUAUCAUGUCGAGCACCCGGGCUCUCGGGAAAGGAUAGUGAAGUUCAAUAAAACCGAGAGAACUCGUCAGUGA